CAUGAACUAAAAUAGUCACUUGAAGCUCAAAGAGAGAAUACCAAGAGUGUGGCUAUUUUGAAGGCCUGUUCUAAAAAUAGCUCAAAUAGCAGCACUUACCAGUGAGCUGCCUCUAUUUUUUUAAUUGUAUUUAUUCACUAGCAAGCUUGUCUCGCUUUCCUCGACAUUUUUAAUUCCAAGAGAGACAAAAAUCAAAAUAGAAUUGGAAAAUCCAAGAAAAUAUUUUAAAUAAUUGGUCUUCACUUGUUUCAAUAAAUUCAUUUAUUUUUUUUACUUUGCUUCUUAUCACUUUCAGAAAGACAAUUUUAGAGAAAAAAUACAACCUUAAAAAUGAUUCUCGGAUUUUUAAACACAUAUACCUUUUACCUUUUAAAUUCCUUCCUCUUCUUUAAUUUAAAUCAAUUUUCAAGUAAAUUUAUUGUUUUAUUGUAAUGAAUAAUAAAUACAUUUUAAUUGAAUUCUUCAUUUUAGCUUCUGUUUUUUCAACAAAGAAUAUUUGUGAAAUAUUUCUUAAAUUUUAUCAUGUUAAAAUUUUUUUUUUUAAAUAUUCUGGCAAAUCUACAAAAUCUGUAGAAUCAAAUUUGAAUCUUAUUUCAAAGUCUUUUGAAUUUCUUUUAAAAUGUUUGUUCUGGAAAAUCUAGAAGAAAUAAUGAUUUGUCUUUGCUAGAAAUAUAGCUUGGUCCAAUUUGUUAUAUAUUCUAACAAAGUGCAGAUUGGAUUUUAACCUAUUUAAAAAAGGUCAUCAAAAUUCUAAAAUUAUUCUUAAUCAGGAAAAAUUCCUAAUGAUGUUCCAUAAAUUCUGUUUUAAAUUUUUUCAAAAACAUUCGAAUUAGCUAGUUUUUCUCUUCAUUUUUUUUCGGUUUAAUUUUGAAUUUUAAAGAGUCCAAAUUGAAGAUAAACUAUGUUUCAAAUUUAAAUUAGCAUUUUUUUCGUGUUUUCUCCUCUUUUAAACCGUUCAAUUAAGUGUUUUUUUCAUAAUUUAUUCUCUUCAAAAAACCUUCCGUAAAAGGAAAAAAAAAUGUACGACGUAAUGACAGACAGAAAUACCCAUUUUUAUAUAUAUAUAUAUAUACAUAUAAAAUUAUUUAUUAAAGGUAAAUUGAGCAAAUUGGCUAUUUCUGGCAAUUUAUUUAAGUGUGUAUCAAACUGGUAGCCCUUCGCAUUAAUCAGUACCCAAGAAGUAGCUCUUGGUGUCAAAAAGGUUGGUGGCCCCUGCUCUAACCACAAGGUUUUCUCUUAUUUUCCAGGAAUUUUCCCCACAUUUUCAAACGCAAAUAAUAUUCGUCCCCUUUCCGCUGAAGUCACGAGUCGGCCGAUCCAAGGGAUGUCGACUUAAAUGUGUUCCUCUGAAUUGUUGAAACUGUCCUCAGAGAGGGUUUUUUUUUUAGGGGGAUUACAGUUUCAAAACACUGUUUCCUUUUAAUGCAACAUGAUGUAUUAACAACAAAAGUCCAUUGAUUGAAACUUGUAUUAGUAGUUUGCACAAUACGGUACAUUUUCCGAACAAUUGACCACUUUUUCAACUUGUUUAAGUCGGGGUCCACGUUAAUCAAUCCUUGGUACCAAUUCAUGCUGUAACCCGAGCGUUUUAUCUCCCCGUCCAUGUUCCCGUGUGUCCCCCGCCAGUCCACCCUCCACAUGCUGCAGGCCAGGUGGGCUCCAAAAGACCCUGGUGCUUUCAACACCCGUCUUAUAAAGCGGGUGUUGGAGUCUCAAAAGAACAACCAGUUGUUUAAGCUACAGCUUUCGGCAUCGGUGGAUCGUCUUUGUAAGAUUUGGUGCGUACAUUGUGGUUUAUUAUUGCUUUGAAAGCGAGCUGAAAAUGUAAAACCCCAACAAAAAGACACUUACGUGUUUGACGUACUGGACGUGUUCCCACAGCUUGGUGGUGGAUCCAUGAAUGUCAUUGUGGUCCCGUGCUGCCUCACGUCUGUAUGUUCAAAUACUGCAAACUCAAGCCGGACAUUUUGUCCAUUUCCUUUUUCGAAUUGGGGGAGAGAAUGCGAGACGGCAGCAAGUUAUAUUUGCCAGUGAAUGCAAUUAAAACAAUUUCAAACCCUUGUUUAUACUACCUAA